AUGUCUGACAAGAAGCCUGAGCCAAAAGACCUCUCGGACGAAUACAUCCUCGCCGCCAUUGCCAAAGAAUCAAAAGAAUUUGACAAGGUCCCUUUCCGUCUCGAUGCCUACGCCGUCCUCGACCUUCAACCUGGUGUCCCGGAUAACGACAUUAAGAAAUGCUAUCGCAUGAAAUCCCUCCUCAUCCAUCCCGACAAGACCUCGAACCCUUCGGCACCGGACGCCUUUGACCGCCUCGCAAAAGCACAACAAGCACUACUGGAUGAGAAAGAGAGAGCAAAACUGGACGAAUGCAUAGCAGAUGCGCGUAUGCUGUUGAUGCGCGAACGCAAACUCACCGUCGACAGCGAAGAAGUCAAGGACCCUGACGAUGACUUCCGCAAGGCCUGGAGGGAAAAGACAAAGGUUGUGCUGGUCGACGAGGAACUACGGAGGAGAAAGAAGAUGAAGGCCCAGAUGCAGGAGGAAGGUCGCGCACAGAAGAAGGAGGAAGAGGAGAUUGCUGAGCGCAAGAGGAAGAGGGAGUUUGAGACAAAGUGGGAACAAUCGCGUGAGGAGCGCAUCGGUUCCUGGCGUGACUUUCAAAAAGGAAAGCAGCCCGACAAGAAGNNAAAAAAGAAGAUCAAGACUUUGGGUUGA